UGCAAAGGAUGGCGCCGCUAGUCGGCUCUACAAAGCGCCUUCAAGUACAGUCCGCAACAGAAGACACUGGCACUCGAGAUAUUGUGGGAAUUGAGUCGAGCACUCUGCCUACCAAGGAGUGCGAGCAUAUGAGCCAAGAUUUGCAUAUCAUCAUAAACCGUUCGCAUCGGAUUGUCAUGAAAGGCAUGACUAGACUUGAACGUUCUGUUGCACCGCUCUGCCAAUAACCGCAUGGCCGCCGCCACUUUGUUCGCACCAAUUGCGAAGCAGCGCGUGUCUCCUACUAAUCCGGCCCGCGAUGGCAAAGAUCUGGAUGUCGAACGCUGUGCGGCCUUGCACAAUACCUUGAUGCUCUACGGCUGGGUCUGCAGUGGGCGAAAAGUAAAGGAGCUUGUCAAACGCUCCUGGUGGAGCAAUCAUGGCAGCCAGUCAUUACAGCAAAUCCUGAAGCCGUCCUUGAUCCGCUAUCUCUCGAAGAUAUUCGAGGUACCAAGCCAUCGGUUCUUCUACCACCUUUCCGGCCUCGCUCGCCCGCGAGAGAUGCUACAACUUGGAGACGUACUCGAAGAUCAAGACCGCGACACCGGCAAGGACAACAAGUAUCGCUUUGUGGUCCUGUAUACGACACCGAAAGCGCUUGUUACGUUUCCUGCUGGGCUCGUGUUCGACCAGGAGACCAACCGGGCCAUCCUGAUGCCUACGUACCAUCACCUGUUCGACAUGACAGACCCUCAUUUACCGUGGCAAAAACUCGAAACCAUCCUGAGCGCCUUUAUUGACAUGAUUGAGGCAGACAAGGCGAUCGCCUCGGCCGCACAGUUGAGCAGCACUCAUCCUUGGAUACUACAACCCUACACUCAUGACGAUUUACGCCUUUCGCUGGAUGCCUGGAAACGCCUAGUGCUCGCCAUCGAGAAGCGCGCAAACGUCAUACGCCCGGACGACCUCGCCCCACUCGGCACCAACUCCCUGCUCAGCACUGCAGGCGUGCCUCGUGGCUUCGCUCAUGAGCUUCUACUGCGAGCAUUACCGUCCGAGGUAUGGUUUGUUGCGCCCGGAAUCCGACUCCCCAAAAUCGAAGAGUUCUUGCACCAGCCGUUCCGGGAGAUCCUGCAACAGUAUCCGAAAGAGACAGCAGGCACGAAAAUGCCUUUCCUCUUUCUCCGCUGUCCCGGAACAGUGUCGGCAAAAGAAGCCAAGUUCCGCUGGCCAUACUCCACCGUCGAGAGCGUACCGUGCGGCCUCUACCUCGACGCAUUCCCGAACGCGCAGAACCCCUUUGAGGAUGCAUGUAGGCUCGUGCUGCCUAUACGCCUCGGUGGCAACAGAUAUGCUCGCACGUCAGACUUCCAUCCUAUCAGAACGAGCUAUUGCGAUCUGUAUCAGGUUGACAUCAAUCCGUUUGUGAUGCGACACGGACCGAAGCUUGUCGGCAUCCUGGAGAGCUGGCUGGAGAAUGUCGAGAAUGGCCAUUGGAGUGUCAAUGAGAAGGGUGUCGAGGGCGGUAUCGGAGUGUGGCGGAAGGCUGACACUAGGGAAGAUUGGUGGCGGUAUCAAAGCAAGCGUAUCUAUUGA